UAAAACACGCACUUCGAGAGGAAGUCGUGCUACCCCCGCGGAGUUGUCGUGUGUUCUAGAUUCAUUCCGGCACCACCAUGUCGAAGCUUUCCUUUAAGAUCACGCUGACGUCGGACCCACGGCUGCCGUACAAAGUACUGAGUGUUCCUGAAGGUACACCUUUCACAGCAGUCUUAAAGUUUGCAGCAGAAGAAUUUAAAGUUCCUGCUGCAACAAGUGCAAUUAUUACCAAUGAUGGAAUAGGAAUAAAUCCUGCACAGACUGCUGGAAAUGUUUUUCUAAAACAUGGUUCAGAACUGCGGAUUAUUCCUAGAGAUCGUGUUGGAAGUUGUUAAUAUCUGCUACUUGGAACAUACGAUUGCCUUUCAGAAUAAA